AUGGCCUUCUAUUCUCCUCCGCCUCAGGUUCCGCUUGAGGAUGACCAGCCUCCCCUGAACGUUGAUGAGCAUAUCUACUUCUCCGAGAGUGAUCAUGAUCAGGAUGAUGAUAUUCCCCAAGAUGAUGAGAAUGGUGACCAGCAGGACCAAAACGGUGAAGAAUGGUUUGAAGAGCAGCUCGAAGCUGAUCUCAAAUGGUCUUUUGCCUUGAAUAGGGUGUUGCACAAAGGAACAAGCCAGUUUCAAGAUGCUGCUCUUCUAGACUCGAAACGCUUUGGCAAGGUUCUGGUGAUUGAUGGAAGGCUGCAGAGUGCUGAAAAAGAUGAAUUUAUAUACCAUGAGUCCUUGGUUCAUCCUGCUCUUUUGCUACAUGAAAACCCCAAAACCAUAUUCAUAAUGGGAGGUGGUGAAGGGUCUACAGCCAGGGAGGCACUGAAGCACAAAGGUGUGGAGAAAGUUAUCAUGUGUGAUAUAGAUGAGGUGGUUGUCAAUUUUUGCCGCGUACAUUUAGAAGCAAAUCACGAGGCGUUUUCUGAUAAUAGGCUUCAACUUGUUUUCAAUGAUGCUAAGGCUGAGUUGGAGAAAACUGAAGAGAGGUUUGAUGUGAUUGUGGGGGACGUAACAGACCCAAUUGAGGGAGGCCCAUGCAAUGAUCUUUACACCAAACGAUUCUAUGAGCAAGUCAUAAAACCUCACCUCAAAGACAAUGGCAUCUUUGUCACUCAAGCUGGUCCAGCGGGAAUGCUUUCUCACAAGGAUAUCUUCACCUCAAUAUACAACACUGUAAAACAUGUGUUCAAAUAUGUGUUUGCGUACACAGCUCAUGUGCCAUCUUAUGCGGAUUCAUGUGGAUGGGUUGUGGCUUCAAAUCAGCCACUCAAACUGGAUGCUGCACAACUAGAUAGCAGGAUUCAGGAACGAAUCCAAGGCGAGCUGCUGUAUUUAGAUGGUGCAUUCAUUGUCUCAUCGACUGUGGUUAACAAGACGAUCUUCGCAUCACUUAUGGAGGAAACUAAUGUCUUCACUGAAGAAACUACAAAGUUCUGCUAUGGACAUGGGCUCACUGAUGAUGCACAACUGCACAAGGCGUGAUUGAGGUCUAAAUGUGCAAUAUGCUGCUAUUAGAAACAAUGCCAGUGAUAAGAAUAAAAGUGUGUGGGUAAGAUGUAAAACCAAUAGCUCUUCUGCUCUUUUAUUUUGGUCUGCAUAUAAAUUUGGAACUAGUUUAAGCUUUCAGAGAUAUCAUUGGCUUUAAUGUGAGACUUAUGUUUAUGAAGUAAGCGCUCAGCUUUCAAUAG